GUGUUCUGAGGAGGAAGGCAGGAUGGGAGGGCCGGGUGCCGCGUCGGGGUAGCGAGGAAGCGAUGGUGUUGCUGCACCUGUGCUAGUCAGUAGGGAGAAAGCUAAGAACCUUGGCCUUCAAGUUCUUGCAAGGCCAAGAGGGUAUGCUGAUGCUGCUAAGGCACGUGAGCUAUUUGCAGAAGGAGGGGACCCGGCCUUCUUCACGGCCCGUAGCAGUGUCUUCCUUUGAUUCGUUCGUGCAACAAGGAGGGGACCUGCCCUUCUUCACGUCUCGUGCAACAAGGGUGAUCGACGCGGAGUACCGCUGCCCGGUGGGCGUCGUGCUCUUCAACCACUCGGAGGUGGACUUCGCCGUGAAGCCUGGCGACUGCGUCGCACAGAUGAUCGUCCAGGUGAUCGCGACGCCGGAGGUCACCGAGGUGGAGGACCUCGAUACCACCGUUUGGGGGAGGGAGGAUUCGGGUCCACCGAGGUUUGAACUCCGAGCCUUGGUAGAUACAUCUAGAGAAGUGGUAUGUUUAGGCUGCUGGUGGAACACUAGGAAAGGUACCCACCUUUGGUUGUGUGCGUUUACUGUUAAAUGGAAUCUCGUGAUCUCUUCCAGUUGAGAUGUUCAAUGUUGCAUCCAUGAACGAUGAAAGUAUUAAAAUGGUCCUGUGACCUUCAUUUA